AUUAUACUCUUCUUAAUUAAUUUUGACCCUGACAGUACUGAUUGAAUUCUUUCAGUUACAAAGAUUUUUAAAACGGUAUUCGACUGCAAGCAAAGAUGAGUGUGAAAUUUCUUGUAUACGCAGUGAUUAUGUGCUUAGCCAUACCGUUUUCAAGAUCUGAGAGCGAUCGCAAGUGCCGUCCGUUGAAUGCGAAGAAGUUUCCGAAUUGCCAUGAAGCUGGCUUCCAUUCAACAAGCUUGUAUCUCGCGGACAACUCAUACUACGAAGAAAGGUAUUCAAAAAUCAUCAAAAACAUCACGGAGAAGCUCGGCGGUUGCUCAAACUACACAAGCUAUAUUCUCUGCUCGCUGUACGUACCACGAUGUAAAGAAAGCAUGACUGGUCCGUGGCUUCCAUGCCGUCAAGUAUGCGAGGAGUUUACUCGAGGAUGCUCGGAUCAAAUGAAUUCCGAAGGCUUAAACUGGUUAAAGCCUCUGUGUAGUUUGCUACCUAAUGAAACGAACAGUGACUGUUUUAAACCGCCGAAUUUUAAGCCAUCAGCGAAACCUGCUUCAAGUAAGCUUGCUUAAGUACCUAAUGUAUUUAACAUACCUUCAGAUAAGCCGGAGGGGGCGGUCAUCCAGACCCUGAGAUAAGCGGGGGGGAACCCGGUCUCAAAAAAAAUGUUUUUCGGCCCCUAGGGCCCCUCCCCUGGAUCCGCUGCUGCUAAAUACAUAUCGAUAUUUUCAAGUAUAGGCCUCAUCACGGUUUUGGAAGCCAUCUUGACGGGUAGGCAACCGCUUGAGAAAUCACAGUGUUUGUGUCAGAAUCUAAUGUCGAAAUAUUUCCGUAACACGGCUGUUCUGAAAAAAAUAUGGAUUUUAAACUAAAGCUUCACUCCUAACGAUUCUACUGAUAAAAAUUUGAGGGCGUCAAAUGCAGCUACAUGCGCUGGAACCACUUUUUAAAAAUUUCUAUGCAUUGGUCUGUAAAAAUUUAUCUUCCUGCUGACUAAAAUUACCCGGAAAAAAAUUGAAGACAAAUUUUUGGAAAAUCUAAACAAGCGUCUGGAUAAAUUUAAGCACAGUUACCGCCCCCAAAAUUUGUAAGUAAAAUCCUUUGCUGUUUAGCUUUAGUUUACAAUUCAUAUUUUUUUUACAGAACAGCCGUUUUACGGAAACAAGAGAGAAUGAUCUGGAAGGAAAUUAUUCGACACUAGAUUCCCAUAUAAAAACACUUCUAGUUGAUUUCUCACGCGGUCUUGAUUUACUCAGUAAAGAACCGUGACAAGGCUUAUUCGGUGAACUACGUUAACGUGCUCUUUUUUCAGGAUGCUGAAGAAAAAAAUAUUGGUACUUCAUGCCCCAGUUGUUUACAAAUAUCUCGCUAUAUACCCAUCCGCUGGAUACAACUUUUGAACAGCUUGGGCCUCGGUAUGAUGUCUAAUUGUUUUUUCGGUUUAGAGUAGUGACAGAUUACCUGUAUGCGCACAUUUGAGAUCUCGAAAAUGCAACAAUAGACGGGAGAGGUCAGUCAGAAGGAAUCAUUUCGGGUGUCCUUUCACGUCUGUCGGCAGUCGGUAGCCAUGGGAAGAAUUCGUGAUAACAAGAACCGGAAGAAAAAGCACUGACCAGGUUGACAACCUACUUCCAUCCUCUAGUAUCUUUUCACUAGUCAGAAAUCCACUUUAGUUUUGUGAUUUCUUCUGUCACUAAAUUAAGUUCAUUUUGAAUUUUCCUUUUCUGUUAUCGCCAUAACAGGCCUUGUUUGCAGCGAACAGGUCAUCAAUAAGAAAUGCCAGCAAGCGGGCUGUGUAGAAACCUUUGUCUCAGAGACGACACAAGCGCAGUUAAAGAACAAAUUGAUCGCAAGCAUGGAGAAACUGAACAGUAGCGUUCAAAAUGAGACGUGUAAGGCGAUCCUGAGGAAGCUGUCGUGUGCAUCCUAUACACCUCCGUGUAAGGAGAAGAAGUUUUUCACAUUGUGCAACUUGAAGUGCCGCCAACUUUUUGACGACUGCCCAUGGGUAUUUAACUUGACAGAAGUUGGCGUAACAGAAGUAAGCCAGGUGGUAAGCAGUUACUGUGCUGAGCCUGCUCAAGGUAACACGACCAACGGUUUCUGUGAGCUAACGAGAUGGCCUAGUGCGAGGCAUUGGAGUAAAGGUAUGAUACAUUUUUUCCUGUUCGUGAGAUAGGACAGGGGCACCCAACGGCAAUUUUCGGAAAAUGUCUGUUCGGAAGACGAUUUGAGAUCUAGAAUUUUCGGAACAUUUAUUUUAAAAUUUCUUGCUUGCCUGCCUCUCCUUAGCCUCCCCGCAGACGUCCUUUGGGGUUCGUUUGUCACGCGUGACAAACGAACCCCAAAGGACGUCUGCGGGGAGGCUAGCCUCUCCUAGGAUUUUCGAACAUGUACAAAAUGGCAUAAUUGCCUAUUUUUAACGGAUUUUUACCCUAAGAAAGGCCACCUAGAAUUUUCGGGAGCCUUUUCCUGGCUGAAAUUUUCGAAAAGGUAAGUUUUGAUCCCUAUUAUUUUCGGAUCACUAGACUUUCAGCUAGGAAAUGCGAACAGAUGAAAAGUUUUUAGGGGAUAAAAAUAUGCCUAUAUCUACCGUUUAAAUACUAAAAUACGUUCAACAACGCUUUGUUAAGUGGUUUUGAACUAUAUCCUCGUUGGGUGCCCCUGAUAGGAGCUCACUCUAUGUGUUCUCAGGAGUAGGUUGUAUAUGUUGUGGUUCAACUUUAUCCUUGGUUUAAAUUUCAUUUCCUUUGUUUCAAAGUCGUUAUCAUACAUUAUCUAACUCAAAGACAAAGUAAAAUAAAAUUUAAUCUAAUUACAAAAUUGAACCACAACAUAUAUAAAGACCUAUGUAGGCCAUUUUCUUUUGGUACAAAUGUCAUUUUUAAGCAUCAGCGAGCGUGUUCUUUAACAAUUUUAACAUAAGAUUAAUCUCGACCCGGUCUUUCGUACCCCGAGUCCUCUGGCAGUUUAUUUUUCGCAAAAAAGUCAAUGGACGACUGCAGGUAUGUGAUUGGCUGAAGAUAAACCAAAACCUGCUAAUAUUCUUGUAAUGCUGCCCCUUUAACAACGGACAAACUCCUUCUGAUGUUAUCCUAAGUUUGAAAGUUUUAAAAAUAAACGUGUGGGUUCCUUUGUGCAUUCACACCUUCUGCUGACAUUCUGAGGCUUAUUGAUUUUACUCUUCAGGGGAGCGUCCGAAGACAUUGCCAUCUUCCUUCCCAGCAGGCCUCAUUGCUGCCCUCGUUUUGGUGCCAUUGUGUGCGAUCUGCUUUAUCUACGUCGCCGUGAUAUUGCGUAGGCGCUAUGAGCAGAAGAAGAGUGGAUAUACCCAACAACGUUCAACGUACACUGAACCACAAAUUGGGACUGGGGAGCAUGAUAUCAAUAAUCUACCAAUGUAAAAACUUGUGAGCAAAUGUUUUCCUAUUAUAGUUGUUAGAAAGCUUAAAAGAGCUGCGCGGAGAUGUGUCACGAAACUUCCUCAAAUUUCAAACAGUGGGAGCUGACAUCUAACUGAGUGAAACAUAAAAAUCAGUGGCGG